AAUUUCUUCAGAGACGCCUGGAACCUGUUUGACUUCAUCACAGUGAUCGGAAGUAUCGUGGAUGCCCUUGUGAUCGAGUUCGGGGUAUGUAGAGCUUCGGCAAAGAUCGCCUUCAUUUUAAAAUCGUUGAGUCGAGUAAAUGUUCAGAGUGACGUAGUUUUACAGAAAGGAGAAGUAGAAUAUUCAGACGUUUAAUUAUUUAUCUAACGAGAAACCUCUCGAUGACACCUUUGACUCCCGUUUUCUCUUAAUUGUGUCUAAACCCAAGUAAUUGCUUGACUGUACAUUAUCGAGUGUUGUCUUUCCUUUAACCCUUUUGCUGCUUCUUUAGUUUCAGCAGAGUGUACAAACAUAAAAUGCUAGCAGGUAAAGUCAACGAUUUUUAUUCGAGUCCCUACAAUGUCACGUAUUUAUAUUUGCGUAGCUUUAUGCUGCAUUCAUACGCUACACACUCACACUGUACAUUAUCACACUUGUACGUUACACAGCCACCACGAUAUACGUAUAUAUCCAGUUACACAUGUACGUUACAAUGUCAGAACAAUCUCACGAAAGGAAAUGCUUUCGAAGAGAAAUUAUUAUUUGCAAUAACGAGAUCGACAGGAAAGUGAAAGAAUUCUUUAGACAUGUCGAAAGCAUGAAACUGAAAGCGCGAGCCUUUCCCUUCAAAGGAUUUUUUUCUCGUUCACUCCGUACAGAAGAAACGACAUUCUUUUGGACAAUCAACAUAAAUACAGCACUACCCAUCAAAUAUUUCUUUACUCCUAUAUAUAUAGUAGAAGUAUAUUUAUUAACCCGAAGUAACAUCGUGCUACACUUCCACAAGCCGUAAUUGUAAUCCAGUAAAAGCGACAAAUUUAUAUAUAUAUAUAUAUACAUACAUAUACAUAGUAUCGAUGCCACAUCGAGACUGUCGAAUCGAGAUCUCCCUUAAAUGCUUGCACUCCUAGUAGGUUUGCUGAAUCGGCAAAAAUUAACAUGAUUUUUUGGCUGAAACUUACUUUUAGAGAUCAAGGUAAGCCAAGCCACACCUUUUUCUAUCAAGCUUCGCGUAAACAUGACAGUUGUUACAAAUCUUAUUAUCAACCGCCGCCAGACUAAGCUUCGUUUACACGUGUAUGUAAAUCUCCGCUAGUUUUGUUACGUACUCGCAUAUUAAGAGAUCAGCGUGCAUAUAUAAUGUCCGAUCGAUCCAAUAAUUUUGCAAUAUCGUGUAUUUUUGUACUAGGAGCGGUUUUCGAGUAUGCCCAGUGGCGGCCAACUAGGCGAAAAAAAGGUAUAAGUUCCGUCACAUUUACGCCCACAGAUGUAAGUUGUCGCAUCGGUUAUACAGAUUACGUAAUCGUCACGCCGAUUACACGGAAAUAAUCGGAUAUAUAAAUAUUUAUAUUAUGUCUCUUUGUCAUCCCAAUGAACGAACAAUCACGUUGUUCGUUACAUACACGUUCGAAUUUUCACUCAUAUAACGUAUAAACAUUCUCCGCAUAUUUUUUACUACUACUGCACACGAUAUAUACUUUUUACGCGAAUACACAAAGCAGCAGCACACGAGAAACAAACCAACCUCGAAUGGCAUAUGGAUGCGGUAUUUAACGCGCGAAUAAAAUUUUCACGCUGUUCAUGCCGUGCUCGCUUGAUGCUUGGCUACAGCAAAUGGGUUUAACGGACGACAUACCGAACAUCAGUGAUUCUAACGCUUUGGAAAAUCGAAACGUUGCCGCGUUGAAAUCACAUUUCAGUUAUAACGUUCAGAUAUACAAUGUUUCAAUCGCGCAAUAUACGUCGAGACGAGGGAACCACCAUAGAAUUCCUGCAGAUUCUUCCGUAGCUUCGUUCGUGCAUCGGAACGAUGUCGAAGGCCAGCAUUCGAACAAUGUUUAAACGAGUUUGAAGCAGGUUCGCAACAUCGUGACGCUACACACGCGAAGCCUUGCCCGUAUCGUGAUAAGGAGCCGGCAUUUUUGGAGAUUAAGUGCAAUUUCCUCUGUCCCCUGCAGGAGAACUUUAUUAACGUCGGCUUCCUAAGACUGUUCCGUGCCGCCAGGCUGAUCAAGCUACUCAGACAAGGCUAUACGAUUCGAAUUUUACUCUGGACCUUUGUACAAUCCUUCAAAGUGUGCAACUGGUGAGUCAUGGCCGAAUAUCAUGUUGUCCUGCGUGAAAGGUCGUCCAUGUGACCCGAAGGCCGGCAAGCAACCUGGUGGCUGUGGUUCGAACCUCGCGUACGCCUACUUCGUUUCGUUCAUCUUCUUCUGUUCGUUCUUAAUGCUGAAUCUGUUUGUCGCCGUCAUUAUGGAUAAUUUUGAUUAUCUGACGAGAGACUCGUCGAUCUUGGGCGCUCAUCACUUGGACGAGUUCAUUCGGAUCUGGGCCGAAUACGAUCCAAACGCAACAGCUAAGAUACUUUACACCGAGAUGUACGACAUGCUCAAGAACAUGGAACCACCGUUGGGCUUUGGUAAUAAAUGUCCGAACAGGCUUGCCUAUAAGAAACUUAUCAGGAUGAACAUGCCAGUGGACGAGGACAUGAAGGUGAACUUCACCACCACGUUGUUCGCCCUCAUUCGCGAGAAUCUUAAUAUUAAAAUGAGAAAAGCCUCUGAGAGGGAUCAAGCGAAUGAAGAACUGAGAGAUACGAUUAAAAAGAUUUGGCCUCUGCAAGCAAAAAAAAUGUUGGACCUUUUAAUACCUAGGGACGAAGAAUUGGGCAAAGGUAAGAUGACCGUUGGUAAGAUAUACGCCUCCCUCCUGAUACUUGAAAAUUGGAGAACGACUAAGUUUGGUCGGACAUCAACCAGACAGCAAUCGGCCUUCCUCAACUGCAUACUGGACAUGACAGGAGUAGAUCACCCAGCCGAAAGUAGGAGCAGCCUUGAACAACCACUGUCGGAAACGAAGCUCGAUCAGCGCAAGGAGGACGACCACGAGCAUAGACGUCAACGUAGCAUCAGAAAUAAAAAGGUGAACUGGAAGAUGUCCCACCAAUACGAUAUACUAGGCAGCAGCGGAGAGAGUAGCCAGGGAUGGGGUGGGUCUGGGGUUGUACCCGUAGUUAAUGAUGAGGAUCGCGCCCCCGAGCUAGAGCCAUUGCUGGCUGAGAUGGAACUUCAGGACGUCGUAGUUACCGAGUCGCGUGCCGAUAGUACCGAGAGUCUUACCCACACCACCAAAAGACUUUACGUACCCGUACAAUCAGCUAAACAGCUACCGCAUUCAUCGACUUUAAGGAGACGACUCACCAGGAUGGACUCAGGACGAUCUGGAUACGAGCCUCACGGUCAUCACGAUGGACCAGGGUUUAGCGACACGGUUAGCAACGUCGUUGAGAUUCAGAGACACACGCAUCAUCCCCAUCCGUCACAGUACGAUCAUCGGCACAGAAUGCGAGGUCCGUGGAGCACUUUGACCAGCCCAGUGAGAACACCGAGCCCUAUUCGCCACGAUCGACCCCAGCAUUACGGAACGACCAGUUUGGAGGAACGAUCAAGAAGCCCGAGUCCAGUCGGUACUUACCAGCUUGUCCACUUGCAUCAAUACGAUCAUCGACAUCCCUACCAACAUAGUUAUCCGGUGUUGGCAACCAGACGGGGACGGGGUCGUCGACUGCCUGCAACGCCGAACAAACCUUCGACCUUGAAGUUGAAACCGAUCAUCAAUUUCCCAAAGUUGAGCGUUUCGCCGACUCAUGAAUCGCAAAUACACAUGCCGACUGAAAUGCAGCAUUCACCGACUGAAAUGCAGCAUUCACCGAUUGAAAUGCAGCAUCUAUCGACUGGAAUGCAGCAUCCACCGACUGGAAUACAGCAUCCACUAACUGAAAUACAGCAUCCACCGACUAGAAUGCAGCAUCCACCAACUGGAAUGCAGCGUCCACCGACUGGAAUGCAGCGUCCACCGACUGGAAUCCAGCGUCCACCGACUGGAAUGCAGCGUCCACCGACUAGAAUGCAGCGUCCACCGACUAGAAUGCAGCGUCCACCGACUGAAAUGCAGUAUCCAUCGAUUAGAAUGCAGCGUCUACCGACUAGAAUGCUGCGUCCACCGACUAGAAUGCAG